AAUAAUUUAUUUAUACACUUUUUAAUAAUUGAGAUUUAUCACAACCUUUUAAAAUAAAAUGGUAACCAUAUUAAGAGAAAAUUAAGUCUUCCUACAAACCAAAAGAACCAAAAACAGAAGCACCAAAUCAACAGAAAGGAAAUACAUGAAUUAGAAAAGGAUAGCCAAUAAAGAGAACCUCCAAAGCUCAUCACCAUCUCGAGGAAGAUAAAGGUAUGCACAUCCUCCAAAAAAAAGCUUUCCGAAGCUUGUACUCUUCUUCAUCCUCCAAUAUAUGCCAUGAGGAGCCUAGGGAAAAAUGCAAGAAAUUACAGUUGUAAAGGAAAUCAGUGAGGGAUAACUGUAUCAUGCUAAUCCACAGCACAUAAGAACCUUGGUAACUUGCAGGUGGUAUUGAUAGAUAUAGAGCUGCUGUCUCCCCUGAGAAACAUGAUCCAAGAACGGGCUGCUUCUAUCAAAGUAUGAACUUCUUGGAAGCAGACCUCGAUAAACCAUCUAGGUGCUAAUAUGAAGAGAUUCUACCAAAAACAACAUAAAUACUCUCCAACCCAUGACCUAGAAAAGGCUAUUCACCCAAUUCACACAAAGAGUAACCAACUUAUCAAUCCCCCAAGGAAAACCAACAUCAAAGACACUAAUAAAAGUAUGACAUUUUU